AGCUUUAGGGGACUUUCCGGCCGGUGAAGCGGGUACCGUACUGUCAGAUUAGUAAACGGAACUGGAGGCAAAUGGCUAAAGUGGAGCUGACACCGCUCAGACCAUGGGACGACUUCUUCCCCGGCUCGGAGAGAUUCGCUAAACCCGAUGGGAAAGAUUUGGUGAAAUGGAACAACAGAGUUGUCAGCAACCUGCUUUAUUAUCAAACUAAUUAUUUGGCUCUGGCCGUCGCUGUUUUCCUCGUUGUAGGGUUCCUGAACCCUCUGGGGAUGUUCACAGCCAUGGCCGUGGUGUCAGGUGUCUUCCUGGCUUCGCUGUGGGCCGGAGACAACAGAGCUGUGAUCAGCAACUUCAAGAGGAACAACCCCACGGCCUUUUUGAUCGCCGUCAUGGUCGCCAGCUACAUGUUGAUCUCUAUGCUGGGGAGCGUCAUGGUGUUUAUGACGGCCAUCACUUUACCUCUGGCUUUGAUAUUUGCACACGCUUCCUUUCGCCUCCGCAACAUGAAGAAUAAACUGGAGAACAAGAUAGAGGGAGCCGGACUCAAGAGGUCACCCAUGGGCAUUUUGCUGGAGGCUCUGGGUCAGCAAGAGGAGAACUUUCAAAAGAUCCACAGCUUUCUGGAGGGAAAACUGAAGGAGUGAUUGGACUUCAUGCACUCGUGUGUGUUCUUCAUUUCACCAAAGAUCUUGACUUUUUGUCUCAGUCCAAACCUCUUAAAGUUUGUGUCAUAUACAGUGUGUUUACCGUGUGUGUGUUUGCGUUUGAAAAGAAAGAUCGUAAUCUUUUAUCUUUUUCCUCAGGGUAUCUGUCACUCCUCCUCAGAACUUGUCGGGGCACUUUUUUCUCAAGCGGUGAUGACAGCAUCUCACAUCUCCGCUAUGCAAUGUGUCAGUGUUCAUGUGAAACACAGCUGCAGGCUCCUUUCUCGGUAUGAAAUCUGUUUAAUCAGUCCCAGAAACAGCCUAGGUCCUGCCUGUUUACUCCCCCGCUGAGAUUGUGAAAGCAAUGCAAGUGUUGCUUUGUAACAAAGAAUUUUUUAAAAAGUGCACAGUCAACAUGCAUCACUGCCAGGUCUGGACUGUUGAAGUUUUUGAAUAAUGUCUUCUCAUUGCAUUGACAAGUUUACUUAACUUUGCAUUAGAAUAAAAACAGAUGAAAAGUCCAUGUGACUCCAAACGCUGAUCACUGUGUCAAUAUUUUAAAUGAAAGACUUCAAAGGAUUGCAAGGUCUUAACCCGGGGCCAUCAGUAUUCCUCCUGCACCUCUUGACUCUUAAAUCUUGACAAUGCCCCCCCUGGGUGAUGGAUUGGCUAACUUGGCUUUCCUCUCCACUUACCCCAAAUGCUAAUCAAUGGGCUGCAGUAGAUUAUAGAGAGCUGAGCGCUGCACAGUGACAGAGUGGAUUCAUCUGCAGUCAUUCACCUUCAAAACCUGAGUUAGUGCUGCGUCAGCUACUUCCAGCUGCUUUUUUUUUCAUUUUUUAUAUAUUGGAUUCCAUUUGAAAUUGGCAGCAGAUAACGAGAAUCCAUGCGGAACAUAAUGGGCUGUUAUUUGGUUAUGUGGCAGCGUGUAUUGAUUGGGGGAAACAUGACGAUAAGAAUGAUGGGCAAUAAAAAGAGUAAUCACUU